GAUUGAUCUGUAUGAGCUGAUGAUGCAUGAUUUUUCUGUUUAGCUUCAGCUGGUUCACCUGCACACCAUGGAUCCCAAAAAAAGGUUUCAGACACCCUGUAUAUAAUGUACUGCGCAUAUUUAUGUAUUUAUUUAUUUAUAAUCUAUAUAAUUGAUACGAGUCAUAUUACGGAUUUAGCGAAAUUGUUUGUGAAUAAACAAUGAACAUAUAGGCUUUGUUAAUGGCUGUGUAUUAUACAUUUAUUUAUAAAUAACUCACUAAAUUCGUAUUGCGGUUCAAGUUUCGAUAACCUAAAUAAGCAUUGAACAAAAUUUGUGCGGCAUUAGAUGAGCUUCACCCAGGCGUAACAAUGUAGAAUUAUAAUUGCUUCUAUUUCACUUUACCGUGAUAUUUAAUCUCGUUGAGUAAUCGCCGAUUUUAUUUAAAUAUUCUCAUAAUAAACAAGUAGUUUUAUUUACAGUUUUUCAAUUGGAACGGGACGAGCAAAAGGGUAAUAUUUAUAACGAGAAGAAGAUCAUGUAGUUAUUCCGACUAAAUCAAGGUCGCAAAUAUAUUUUGCAGUCGAAAUUUUCAGUUAAAUAAUAUAACGUUCGUAAAUUUUUCGUUGUACAAACCAGACAUAUUAUUUCGGCCACAAAAACUUACAAAAAAUUUUAUGAAUCUAUUAAGACUUGUUUAAAUCUUCAAAAGUUCAGGUAAAGGGCAGUACGACGAAAAUUAUAAGUUUCAACUUGCCUUGAAGUGAACUAUAGAAAAUAUACUGAAUGAUCUAGAAGAAAAGAACCAAAAGAUUUAGACGUGUAUUUAGACGCCACAAAAUUAGACAAAAGAAAUAUUAAACAUGAAACAUCUUUAAAUUGACAAUCUCAUGUUGACUUUACUAAAAUUUUUAUCUUCUAAUUACAGCUUAACGAAGAUGGGGCAAAUUACGAGUAGAACGCCCGAAACAUGGAAAAGUCUCAUGAACGAGAGAGAUUAUAUUUUACAUUGGAGCUCCGAAGUAUUGGCGAGAGUGCAGGAUAACGUUACAAAUGAGGAUACCUUCUUGAUCGACUAUGAUGACGACAAGGUAGAUGCUAAGAUCGAGACGUGGAUUACGGCUAGUCAAGCACGAGUCGACGAAAUGCUCAACAAAUAUCCGAACAUGUCGUACGAAUGUAAAACUGUAGUCACGACUAAAAUGGAACAGCUUUCCGCAGAAUUACGAGAAAAUAUACGAAAGAAUUACCAGCACGCGUACAACGACAUAAGAAAGCUCAAUAAGAGAGUAGAUUUUUUGGGCAGGAACGGAAGAAAGAUACACUUCAAAAUACAAAAGCUAGAGGAAAAGUGCGCGGGAAACACACAAAAGUUCCAAAAGAAAUUAAGACCACUGCGUGUGAAAAUCUUCAAUAACUUAAUAAUCAGCGAAAGGAUGAUGUUCCAAGAUAAAAGGCUCAAAAUCCAUUUUACCAAAAAGGUCUACGAUAUCGAUCACAAGAUCUCCGCCAAUUACGCGAAACAAGUCGAAAAGUUGUUAAGAGACUUUGAGAAUAGUACGCGGGAGGAACGUCUCGACACCAAUUCGUAGCAACAAACGCACACAGGUACGACUAAUUAUCUCACGCUUUUACCCGGUGAAAUCUGAUAUAUGCAAUCAUGAUUUAAUUAAACAAAUUAAACUAACUGUGUUUCGUAUUCGUGCAACAAAAUAUACCUUAAUCACAGGA